AUGUCAGCUAAAUACAAACUGAAAUCCAGUCGUCAGUACAGUGAUGUUUUCAUACACAGAGAUCAGACUGUUCAACAACGCAUAGAACGUAAAAACUUUCAGACAAUCGUAGAUGUGUUAAAGUCUGUUGAUCCACAUAUCAAUAUGAAGGGCGCGGAAGUUAUUGCCAGUCGUUUUGUUAAUAGCAAAAGAUCUUCCGAGAACCGCAACGAACAUGAGAGUAGGGGUACUUCUCAUACACAACAAAAUACAUCACGACGUGGAACGAACAAUUCAACAAGAAGUAACACUUCCAACUUACAUAGUAACACUGGUCAUAGUAACUACAACGCAAGAACAAGUCCUCGGGAACAGAACAACGGACACAGCAGUAGAAACCACCAUCAACAGUCGAGAAAAGAAAAUUCAACACGUCAAAUCGAUAAAGAUGCUUUCUUUGACACUUUAAUUACACAAGUUUAUGAACAUAAAAAAAAAGGGCCGUUUUUCAUUUGCGGAGAUUUUAACAGUAGAUGUGGUAAUGAAAGUGAUUAUAUUGAGGGUGUUGACAAUUUAUGUCAAAGAAAUGUCAUUGAUUUUAAGUGUAAUUCAUACUGUAAUGCAUUUAUUGAUUUCCUUAUUAGUGCUAAUUGUUGUAUACUCAAUGGUAGAAACUUUGUAAACAAUGAUUAUACAUGUGUAUCGACGAAAGGUUGUUCAGUGGUUGAUUAUUGCAUUGUACCUUAUGAUAAUUUAAACUUGUUUAAAGAUUUUUGUGUUAUACGAGCGAAUGAUCUGGUCACGUCCGCAGGCUUCGACGUGAACGGGGUAGAUUUAAAACUAAUACCUGAUCAUUCACUUAUUAAAUGGAGUAUAGAUUUAAAUGCUUUUAUGUCUAAUGUACAACCAACAAAUGAUAAAGAUGAGACAUUUUCUACGAAGUUUGAGAAAUUUGAUUUUAAUAAAAUUCCUGCAAAUUUUAUGAAUACCAAUAACGUUUAUCAAAAUAUAUGUGCAUUAAUAGAAAGCCUUAAGACUGUUGAACAUCAGCAAAAUUGUGUAAAUGGCAUUUAUGAUGAUUUUUGUAAAACGGUUGAAUCAGAGAUGUCUGAUAAAAUACCAAGUAAGACUAUUUUUGUUGGUGGUAAGCAAUCAAAUAAAAAAUAUCGGAAUAAGAAACCCUGGUGGAAUGAAUCUUUGAGUAAAUUGUGGUAUGAGAUGUGUAAUGCUGAAAAAGCAUGGAAUAAAUGUAAAAACAUGCAUCAAAAUCAGCUAAAAGCUAUUUAUGUACAAAAGAGGAAACAUUUUGAUAGUGAGGUUCAAAAAAGUAAGAGGAAGUAUUGGUAUGACAUGCAGGAGCAAUUACUCUCUGAAUCUAGCAAAAAUCAGCAUAUGUUUUGGAAAAAGAUUGGUAAAAUAGGUAUUGCAGAAAGUCGUAAACAUGUAAUUCCUAUGGAAGUAAUCGAUGAUGAUGGUAAUGUAAGUUCUGAAUUAACAGAUGUUCUUGACAAAUGGAAAUCUGAAUAUUCAGAAUUGCUUAAUCAGCAAAACAGUUCGAUUAGGGUUUCUGAUUCUUGUACCAGUUUAAAUGAAGCGAGUACUUUUAACGAUUUUUUGUUGACGGAACCCAUUUCGUUUCAAGAAACAGUACAUGUUAUUGAAAAGACAAAAAGGGGUAAAUCUGCUGGCAUCGAUAACUUACCGGGGGAGGUUUUUCUUAACCAAAGUUCAGCUCUAUUUCUAUACCAUUUAUUUGAUAUUUGUUUUAGAUAUGGUAAUGUUCCUGAUUUAUGGAAUAGAAUUAUUAUUAAUCCUAUUCCUAAAUCUAACAUGUCAGACGCGAGAGACCCCCUUUGUUAUAGAGGGAUCGCCCUUGCAGCAGUGUCUUACAAAUUGUACUGUAAUAUACUGAGCGAUAGAUUAGCUCAAUGGGUAGAUGAUAACAAUGUACUGGCGGACGAGCAGAAUGGUUUCCGGCAACAACGUAGUACAAUUGACCAAUUGUCUAGUCUUACUAAUUUGAUUGAUGUAAGAAAAAAACUUCGUAAAUCAACCUUUUGCGCCUUUAUUGAUUUUAAAAAGGCUUACGACACUAUACAAAGGGAUAUUUUGUGGUAUAAAUUAAAUAAAAUGGGUGUUGCACAGACUUUUAGUUCUGCUAUUAAGUCAAUUUAUACAAAUGUUUUAUGUUCUGUAAGAAUAAACGGUCAUUUCACAGACUGGUUUGAUGUUAACUGUGGCUUGAAACAAGGAUGUCCCUUGUCGCCCAUUUUGUUCAACUUGUAUAUUAAUGAUUUAGUUACAUUUCUUAAGUCCUUUGACUACGGAAUAGAAAUAGGUGUUGAAAAACUGUGUAUUUUAUUAUAUGCUGAUGACGUUGUAAUUAUAGCAAACGAUGAAAAAGAGCUUCAACUUCUGUUAAAUGCUUUAUCUACAUGGUGUAAAGACAAUUGUAUGAAAAUUAAUGCAAACAAGAGUAACGUUGUACAUUUUAGACCGCCAUCUAUACCUAGAUCUGAUGUAAUUUUUAAUUGUAAUGGUCAUACUAUUAAGUUUUCUAGUAAUUAUACUUAUCUUGGUCUCGUUUUAAACGAGUAUUUAGACUAUAAUGUUACUGCAAAAGCCGUUGCAUCUUCAGCAAAUAGGGCUUUAGGGUUGGUAAUAGCCAAGUGUAAACUUUUAGGUGGUGUUUGUUUCGAUGUAUUUGUAAAAUUAUAUGAAAGUUUGGUUUGUCCUAUAAUAGAAUAUGGAGCAGGUAUAUGGGGUGCAAAAUCAUAUUCUUGA